AUGAAAAUAUUCUCUGAAUCCUUCACGCUUACUGAAGUUGACCCAGACGGAAAAGUUUUCGAUGAAGUUUCCAGGGGAGUGUUUAUGCAUGACAAGUGCUCUGUUCUGCUGGACUACCACAGCGGCCUGUUUAUGGGCAAGAAAACGGACAGGGUUGAGAUUUCACUGUUCUCAGAUGAAAACAACUUCAGCGAAAAAGACAUCCCGGAAAAAUACACGUAUCUAAUGGGGAACGGGCUAGUUUAUAAAAAAACUGUGCAAAACAGCAGGCAGGUGCUGGACAUAUCCUUCUCAGGCCUGCUGGCUAGGCUGGAGGCGCCUGUUGGAAGAAUAAAGGACAUCCAAGCAAACAGGCGGCUGUACUUGGGAAUAGAUAGAACAGCAAAUGUUUAG